UUGGGCGGAGGGUCCGAGCGGCGGGCGAUCCCGGAGCGCAGCGGCCGCGGGCGCCUUCUCGCCGGCGGGGAGCGGGUGGCGCAGUGAGGAGGGACCUGCGCGUGGCCGGCGGGGACUGGUGCGCCUCCGGAGGCGGCGGGCGCGGACCCGGCGCUGCGGUCCUGGGGCUGCCGGUUCCAUGCUGCCGAAGGGCCUGGAGGUUGUGACCGGCUCCCCAGAGCCCCCCGCUUGGCUGUAACUCCAGGAAGGUGUCUCUUCGGCCUCCGUCCCCUCUCACGGCCCCUCCGAAGCCCCGGGAGGAAAAUGGUGUGACGGCUUCCCACCAGAAAGGACUGUCGGGCGCACGGAACCCUGUGAAGUGAAGACAGUGGCCCUCUUCCCCUCUGGCGGAAGAGACAUUCUCCGAUUCCAAAAUGCCAGCCAAGACCCCCAUCUACCUGAAGGCCGCCAACAACAAGAAAGGGAAGAAGUUUAAACUCAGGGACAUCCUGUCCCCCGAUAUGAUCAGCCCUCCCCUCGGGGACUUCCGCCACACCAUCCACAUCGGCAAGGAGGGCCAGCACGACGUCUUCGGGGACAUCUCCUUCCUCCAGGGCAACUACGAGCUCUUGCCGGGGAACCCCGAGAAGGCGGCCCUGGGCCCGCUCCCCGGGCACAGCGAGUUCCUCCGGGCCAACAGCACCACCUCCGACUCCGUGUUCACGGACACGCCCUCCCCGGUGCUCAAGAACGCCAUCUCCCUGCCCACCAUCGGGGGGUCCCAGGCGCUCAUGCUGCCCCUGCUGUCCCCGGUGACGUUCCACUCCAAACAGGAGGCCUUCGGGCCGGCCCGGCUGGCCCGGCUGCCCUGCGAGCCCAUGGCGGAGGAGAAGGCCCCGGAGAGGAGCCGUCCGGUGGGCAACGGGGUGGCCCACCAGGGCGACGUCUCCUGGGCCUCCAGCGGGUCCGCGUCCGUGUCGCAGUCCAGCCAGGGCAGGGACAGCCACUCCUCCAGCCUCUCCGAACAGUACCCCGACUGGCCGGCCGAGGACAUGUUUGACCACCCGGCCCCCAGCCAGCUGGUCAAGGAGAAGACUAAGUCGGAGGAGUCCCUCUCGGAUCUCACGGGCUCCCUCCUCUCCCUGCAGCUCGAUCUCGGGCCCUCGUUUUUGGACGAGGUGCUGAACGUCAUGGACAAAAAUAAGUAGCGGGACACCCCCCGGCGAUUCCUCCGGGACGGAAGGUAUCAAACAACAACAGCCAUCAAACCACCACCACAGACCACAGUCGAGGAGAAGAGCAUUGCUGGCUGUAUUUGCAGCUAUGUGAUGGGUUUUCUAAGAUAAUGUUCCUACAGAGUAUUUUUUUUACUUGGUAUGCCCUGUUUGCAAACACAGUU